AUGAGUCAAACUCCUACCGCUCCUGUUGCAGAAAAAGUUGACACUACUGUUGGAACUACUAAAGGCAAGUUUACUAUUAUUUUUUCAUUGAUUUUUUUUUUUAUCGGAGUAAUUUUCUCUCUCUUUUCUUCUAAUACUUUAUUCUCUCACUUUUCAUUAGAUGAACCUCCAACGCCUACGAUACCAUCAGAAAUUAAGGUGCCAGAUGGAUACAAAUUCUCAUUUUUACUUUAUGGUAACGGAAAUAAUAAAUAUACGUGUGUAGUGGCUUCUAAAAGUUGGGAUAUAUCUAGCGUCCAGGCUGACCUUAUUAACAGAAAUGAUUCCCAUUAUGAUCCCGCUUUUUAUGUCGCUAGCUUAACAAGUAAUAGUGAUGGAACACUGAUUUUUAAAUCAGUAUUAGUAAAACAUGAUAAUUCAAGCCUAACUGUAAAAAGGGAUACAAAAGUAGAUUCUCCAGAAAAUAAUUCUGUUACGAAAAUUCAUGCUCCUUGGGAAAGAUAUGCUGCUCUGAAUACCGUUUCAGGUGGAUCAUUCAGUGAUAUUGGUUAUGUAGUUGUUGUUAGUACAUAUAAAGGUGCUUCAAGAGCAGUAUCAGAAUGUGGUGACAAUUACCAAGAUGGUAACAUAGAUACUGAACCAUUUACUGCAACUUAUUAUUUCUAUUCGGGAAGUAUUCCAUCUAAUACUACUACUAAUGAUUCAAAUGAAUCAAGUAAUAAUAAUGGAGCAAUGAAUUCAAUAUUUAUAGGAUAUACCCAAUUAGGAUUGACUAUUAUUAUUGGAUUUAUUACUAUUGGUAUUGCUUUAUUCUAG